AGUCCUACAAUAUUUAAACUCACAUGAAUUCCUCCUGUUAUCUGGGAAAAAAACCCUUCCUGUCCCAAAUACUCUAAAAUCUGAGGAAAGUAUAGAACAACUGUGAGAAAGCCAAUCUCUUUAAAUGAACGGCAAUGUAUUUUCAUUUAAAUUAAACCCGAAUGUUAACCAGAUUGAGGAAAGGAAAUGGCAGGGGAGAGUCUGUCGUUGAUAUAGAAUGUGACUGCCUGCAUCGGCUCACAGACAAGUGAUGAAGUCCAACUCUGAAAUUUCAGGCAAUUUGUAUACCAAGCUCCUCCUUUUCUGCAGUCUUCUUUUCCAUUGGUAAAAUUCUUUUGCAGGGUCAUGUAGGGAUCCCACCCCUUCUCUGUGUUUUCACUCUGAAGCUCUACACAACUUUACACCUGAAUGAACGCCAAACCUCGGUGGAUAUAUAAAGGGAAGCUUGAGGAGGAAUUUCACAGUUACAGUGCAGAAGCAGAGGCAAAGGAAUUAACCAGCUCUUUAGCCAAGCAAAUCUUCUACUCACCAUGCUUCCUCCUGCCAUUCAUUUCUAUCUUCUUCCCCUUGCAUGCAUCCUAAUGAAAAGCUGUUUUGCUUUUAAAAAUGAUGCUACAGAAAUCCUUUAUUCACAUGUGGUUAAACCUGUUCCAGCACACCCCAGCAGCAACAGCACCUUGAAUCAAGCCAGGAAUGGAGGCAGGCAUUUCAGUAACACUGGACUGGAUCGGAACACUCAAGUUCAAGUGGGUUGCCGAGAACUGCGUUCCACCAAAUACAUCUCUGAUGGCCAGUGCACCAGCAUCAGCCCUCUGAAGGAGCUGGUGUGUGCUGGCGAGUGCUUGCCCCUGCCAGUGCUCCCUAACUGGAUUGGAGGAGGCUAUGGAACAAAGUACUGGAGCAGGAGGAGCUCCCAGGAGUGGCGGUGUGUCAAUGACAAAACCCGUACCCAGAGAAUCCAGCUGCAAUGCCAAGAUGGCAGCACGCGCACCUACAAAAUCACAGUAGUCACUGCCUGCAAGUGCAAGAGGUACACCCGCCAGCACAACGAGUCCAGUCACAACUUUGAGAGCAUGUCACCUGCCAAGCCAGUCCAGCAUCACAGAGAGCGGAAGAAAGCCAGCAAAUCCAGCAAGCACAGCAUGAGUUAGAACUCAGACUCCCAAAACUAGACUUACUAGUAACCAUCUGCUUUACAGAUUUGAUUGCUUGGAAGACUCAAGCCUGCCAUUGCUAUUUUCUCACUUGAAAGUAUAGCUUUCUGCUUUGAUCAAACCCAGCAAGCUGUCCUAAGUAUCAGGACCUUCUUUGGGAAGAGUUUUCCCUUUUCAAGUUUUUCAAGAUGUAUGUAUAUCCAUGAAUGCAAUUUGCAUUUAAAUUCCAUGUAUCCUGUAGUUUUAAUUCCCCAUCGUUCUUAAAAGACUAUUGAUACUAUAUACAUCAGUGAAUAAUUAUAUUUUAAAACAGAAAAGGGCUUCUCAGUUACCCUCCAUCUCCUGGUCCAUCCCUUCUUGCAAACAAAUUCCCUUCAAAAUAGAAAAGUUAAAAAAAAAUUGUUGCCAUGAAUCUCCACAGUAACAUUUCAGAAAGGUGCUUUUUUGGUACUCUUCAUGGGAACAGUUUAGCAGUCAUGAGUGAUCUUCCUUUGAAAGAGAAUGAAAGACCUUGUGACAUUUCACUUCAAAAAUAAGCCCUAUAGCUUUUUACAGUCACAUAGUAUGAAAUUAUACCCUGCAUGCAGACCCUUGCUUGGAAUGGAAUGCCAGAAAUGCAUGGCAGCAGCUAAUAAGAAAGCUGAUUAACUAUUUAUUUGUCAAUGUUAUUAUUUAAUGAGCUUUCACAUGUGAUCUUUUUCAAAAUGUUAAUUUUUUAAUGUUUUGAAGCUUUUUCAUGGACCUAAUAUUUUCUAUAUGAUUUGUGGUUGAUUUAGAAAUAUGAAAAUACAUGUUGUAGAUAUGUAAAAUGAAUAUGUUAGUCUCCUUAUUACAUAUAUGUUUCAUGGUGAACUUUAUCAAUAGUAUGGAUCUUUUAAAAUCAAUAAGAUGCUUUGUAAAGUUGAAAUAUGUAAUACUUUCUUGUUUAAUCUGUGCAAUCAGAAGGUAUCUUAACCUUUAAUUCAAUUGGUUUCUUUAAACAAAAAUAAACACUGCUAGAAGUUA